AUGACAACAACACUGCCAGCGCCAUCGGCGGAUCACUCGCUCUUGUCGCCUCCCUCUGCGCCAUCGGUGAUGUCCCCAGCUGAUGAUUCUGGCUCGAGAUCAUCUGGUUUACCACCCAGGAGGCCGCCGUCCAUCACCACGAGCAGUACAGAUCCAACAGAGGCUGCAGCGAAUGAAUCUGCGGCGGCGGCAGUUCCGGCGAACGAAACGAGGAACCAAUCCAAGUACGACUUUGUCAAGGUGCGUGUAUGGGUGGGGGACCACUUCUACGUGCUAUCGCGCUACUUGGUCUCUCGCGCGCUCGUGUCGACGAAAAUCAACUCACGGGAUGCCGUGACAAUCUCCCUCGAGCUGAAAAAGACUCUUGUGGACUUGGCCCUCACGGACAUCGAGCAAGAGCAGUUUGAGAACUUCCUGUACAAGACCAUGUUGGUUUAUGGGUAUGGUGAGUCGCACGUCGAGUGCUACCGCAUGAUGAGUUCGUUUCACCGGAAUCGCACGCCGCUCUUGAUCAUCUUGGCCGGCACGUCGUGCCUUGGCAAAUCCACGCUGGCCACCAAGCUGGCGGAUCGGCUCAACUUGUCGAGUGUGUUGCAGACAGACCUCAUCUUCGAGCUUAUGUGCAACUUCUCGGGAAAGUCGGAAACAUCCUUGUCGGACACCGUGUUUGCGUCAGACGAAGCGCUGUUGGCGCAGUACACGGAAGACUGUUCCAUCGUUCGUAAGGGGGUGAACAGCGACAUCGACAAGUGCUUAAAGGAAGGCAAGUCGCUAAUCAUCGAAGGCCUCCACAUCGACCCGCGGCUGUACCAAGCCGAAGUCGGCCACACUGUCCCGUCUGGAGGCAUCGUCAUUCCGUUCCUGCUCACGAUCGACCCCGAAGACCACAAGUCGUUCAUUGAAUCGUCGCCCGAUCCGCGGUACAAGCUCGAGAAGGCCGCCAACUGCUUCAAAAGCCUGCAGGUGGUGCAGACGUACCUGAAGAAGGACUCGGCGCCGUUCAUUGAAGUGCCCGUGGAUAUCCACUCGCUGCAUGGAACCCUCGAUGCCAUGCACGACGUCGUGCUGCAGCGCAUAGAACAGGUCUACCGCAGCACCGGAUUUGGCACGUUCCUGGCCUACGUCAUCGCUGUGUCAAUUACCAAUUCGCUCACUACAACUAACAUGCUCGAACGCUUCGGCCCGCUUGCCAUCGCCGCGGGAAUCAUGGUCGUCGGCCUUGCUGCAUUGACCACCACCAGCAGCACCCAUACCAGAAGCGCAAGGCUGGUCAAAGCACGCACCAGUCGACCGUGUCGCCUGUCUGCGAGUGCGCAACCCGCGAAACAACGCCGCUCCUAUCGUCGCAGUCGACCGGCCAACAUCAGCCUCAACGACAGGACGCUUCGCCUGGCCCCACGGCGGUUCCCUCUGUACGCCAUUCCUGAAGACGAAGUCUCGACGUUGUCAAAACCAUCAUCGACUCCUUCGAAAACAGACAUGGACAUUGCAUGGAACAUCCAUGCCAUGACAAAAUCCCCAUCCUUUCGUGACGGUGACCUGUUCGCGUCGACACCAUCCGUGGCCGUUAGCUAAUGCGAAAGCUCCUGUCUCUGUUCUAUGCAUUCUCGACCAUCGGUUCCACGUUCCAUGUCCCCCUGCGUUUGGUCUUUACUCAGUUGUACCCUCGCAACCCUGCCACGAAUCCCAUCACGACCGCCACCAUCAAGCUGUACGGUUUCCGCCGUUCAAACAAAACGACUCCACGCGACAAAGAUAGAUGAUUGUGCAUUGUUCGUGUUAAAACAUAUCGAAUGGGUUGCUCGACGCUG